CUGACAGCUGGAGCUGGAUACUGGGAUUUGGCGCUUCUUUUCGUCGCCUUCGCCUGCUUCUGAUUCAUUUCAUGGACGUUAAGUUUCAGCACCUGGACAGACAGCCGCGAUCUUCGGCUCAUGCUCAGAGAACAAGGAGAACUACACAACAGUGCAGGCUCUCCAGAUAAUGAAGGGAGGGCAAUUGUUGGUCUUGCAUAGCGGAUCUUCAUUAGAUGCUUGGGAUUUGCCCGAGGGCAACUUGUUGGGGCGUUUCCACUUGUCAGACCAAUCAGCUGCGUCUGCCUUUUGCAUCUUGGAGGAUGGUCCGAAGCCACGAUUGCUGGUUGCUCGUUCGCCACCGACGCCACAAGGACAAGGUCCUACGCUCGAGAUGGUCUCCUUGCCUUCCUUGCGGCCUGCUUCUUGCAAGGACAGCUCAGACGGCUCAGACGGCCACAUGGACAAACCUGUCGGAGAGGAGCAUUCUUCCGCGAUUUUCGCAUGAGCUCAGUGACCGAGUGCUUGGUCUUAGGGUCUGACAGGUUCCAAAGUGGUUCCAAAUCGCCAGAAGGGCUGGUACAUCGAUUUUCUGGACAGAAAAGUGUGGAUUGCCGAAAGGCUGAAGGCCUUCCCUUGCACUUUGAUGU